UCAAUGGUUUAUUGGAUUACUGGGACUAGGACAAUAGGCGGCUUCUGCCUGGAGAAACUUUCUGCUGUUACCCUGAGGACUGUGCGCCGGUCCCAGCAGAACCUCACUCACCUCCUGGAUGGACAGUAAUGUGCCGGCUGCUCAGACCCCCCAUAUCUGGACGUGAAGAGUGGAGGGCAAGGACAGGAGGUGACCGCAGUCCCCAGGACUAUCUCCCAAAGGCUUCAAUGAGCGGCUGAUCUGCUCCUGAGCUGCACAUUCCAACAAAAGAGAAUAAUUUGGUGUCAUCAGAAGAGUGGAGGGCUGGAUAAAUACUGGGCACAGGGGCUGACACUCUGCAAUGAAGACUCGCAUGGUCACUGCUCGCUGAGAGUGGUGUCCCCUCACACCUCUCAUCAGUCACUGGGGCCCCCAUCAUCUCUUUAUAGUCACCUGGACCCCAUCAUCUCUCUAUAGUCACUGAGACCCCCAUCAUCUCUCAUCAGUCACUGAGACCCCCAUCAUCUCUUUACAGUCACCUGGACCCCCAUCAUCUCUUUACAUUCAACGGGACCCCCAUCAUCUCUUUACAGUCACCGGACCCCCAUCAUCUCUUUACAGUCACCGGACCCCCAUCAUCUCUUUACAGUCACCUGGACCCCCAUCAUCUCUUUACAGUCACCGGACCCCCAACAUCUCUUUACAGUCACUGGACCCCCACAUCUCUUUACAGUCACCGGACCCCCACAUCUCUUUACAGUCACCGGACCCCCACAUCUCUUUACAGUCACCGGACCCCCAUCAUCUCUUUACAGUCACCGGACCCCCAUCAUCUCUUUACAGUCACCGGACCCCCACAUCUCUUUACAGUCACUGGACCCCCAUCAUCUCUUUGCAGUCACCGGACCCCCAACAUCUCUUUACAGUCACCGAACCCCCAACAUCUCUUUACAGUCACCGGACCGCCAUCAUCUCUUUACAGUCACCGGGACCCCCAUCAUCUCUUUACAGUCACCUGGACCCCCAUCAUCUCUUUACAGUCACUGGGACCCCCAUUAUCUCUCCAUGACCCCUGCGGACUAGGGUCUCCUCACUUCCUCAAUGAUUGGGGUCCCUAAUUCUUUUUCGUCCUUAGUGACUAGGGUCUCGCUCCUUAGUCAAAGGGAACAGUCAACCCUCCCCUUAGUAAUUAGAGCCCCUCUCCCCUUUUUGACUGGGGCCCUUCAUAUGCUCCUGUCAGUGAUUCAGGCCCCUCUUACACAUCCUUAGUAAUUAGGGCCCCUCAUCAUCUCUUGGCAUUGAUUGGGGCCACUUGACAUCUCAUCCAUCUGUAGAAGCCUCUGAUGAGGAGACCUCAGUGUGGAGGCUGAAGACUCCCUGCACUCCGCGCAGCCUCCACAUCAUGUAGCGCAGUCACCUCGUGCGCUCAGUGCUGGACACCUUCAGGAGGCAGCAGCACUGCGCUGGAUUAGCGCCGGAUCAGCCAUCUAUGUUCGAGAAGGUGCGCAGCAUGGACCUGAGGGAGGAGAACACCCGGGGUUCAAAGCUCGGGCACAAGGAGGGCAAGGACCCCAGGGACCCCCAGCCGGGCAUCCCUAGCCCUUAUCUAAAGGAGCAACAGGCGCAGGGCACCUACCCCCCAGCACCGGGAGCCUCCGACCACUGCUCCAAGAGCAAGAGCACAGACCCCGACUACUGCAGGAGGAUCCUGGUGCGAGAUGCCAAGGGCUCCAUCCGGGAGAUCAUUCUGCCCAAGGGCCUGGACCUGGACCGACCUAAGCGGACCCGGACCUCGUUCACCGCGGAGCAGCUGUACCGCCUGGAGAUGGAGUUCCAGAGAUGUCAGUAUGUGGUCGGCCGAGAGAGAACCGAGCUGGCCCGACAACUCAACCUCUCCGAGACCCAGGUGAAGGUUUGGUUCCAGAACCGUAGAACAAAACAGAAGAAGGACCAAGGGAAAGACUCUGAGUUGAGGUCGGUUGUGUCGGAGACAGCGGCCACCUGCAGUGUCCUCAGACUUCUGGAACAAGGUCGCCUCCUGUCCCCUCCCGGUUUGCCUGGACUAAUCCCUGCUUGUGCCACAGGUGCUUUAAGGGCCCCAAGCAGUUCUGGUCCUGGGGCCUCAUCCCUCCCUGAAGUCGCCAGCGCCCCCUCUCACCAGUCUGGACUCCACACCUCCCCCACUGGACACAGUAUCUUCGGCAUGCCAGUACCAUCUCUCCUGGGCACAGUGGCCAACCGGCUCACAGCCAACCCCCUGACAAUGGCGGGAAACCUCCAGGAACUGUCCGCCCGGUACCUCAGCUCCUCUGCCUUUGAGCCCUACUCCAGAAGUUCCUCCAAGGAAGCUCUAGAGAAGAAGUCACUGGAGUGACCAUGCAGAUUGUGUAUGUAUCUGUGUCCUGUGUGAAGAUCAUUUCCUGAUAGGUGUACCUGUACCCCAAACAUUACUGUAAGAGCACUGUACCCCCAAACCCAGGGCCACGGGUGAGUGAGGUGCCCCCCAUCGUAAUGUCAACCUGAAGGCAUCACCAGCCAGGCAGUCACAAGUAGCAGUCAGUGGGUCACUUAGGGAGUCAAAUAUCCACUGACCUCAAGGAAAAUGACUCCUCAAAUUCAUGCACCAGCAGUCACUUUGUAAGCACACGGGCCGCCUGGCUCUGGGGAUUCUACUGGACCGGACCCGGACAUAGCUGGACAGUGUCCAUUGUCACUUACAGUCGCUGCGGAGUUCGCUAAACAGUCGCUGAAUAUUCCUCAUCUGUCAGCAGCACUGACUACAGGCAGCACCAGCGUACAUAGAUGGAAGCCAUGAAGCUGCUGGGAGGGUCAGGGGGGCCAUAUCCUCCAGUCAGGUGAGGGGCCCAUAACCAUUGUUACUGGUCCACCCCUGUACCUGGCCUAUGAGAAGAUUGGUCAUCAAAUACAAGUAACUAUGAAGGGGAAACGGAGAGUACUGCUGCCCUCCUGCCCUAUAUUGGGUGCAGAGGGGGGACAAUUGGAGGACAGUGGGAUACAAUGUCAUCGCCAGCAAUAUAUAGCAUUUGGUCUCUGCUAUGUCCCCCUCUAUGUACGCCGCUGAUUUGCAGACCACAACCUGCUGUAUCCAGUGAUUUGCUGACUGAUCCUCAGGGAAACUGUGUUAAAUGAACACAAAGACGAGCGCCGCAGCGGAACAUAUCCCAGGAUAACACUCCAGAGGAGGCUGCGUCACUGUGUAAACCCUUGACUGAUCUAUUAUAUACUUUUAUGUCUUAUAUUCCAAUCCUCCUGAGCUGCAAUGAACAUUCUGCCUAUACUACAAUCACUUCCAGAGCUGCACUCUGCUGUUAUAUAUCACGACUUACACCCCAGUCACAUCCAGAUCUGCAUUCAGGGCUCUCCAUAGACUAAAGUCCUCCAUGUAAAUCCAACAUACAAAGAUUUACCAGUUUUGCUUUAUCUCUCCCAAACUUACUCCAACCGAUGCCUAACAACUUACCACCAAGAAAUAUAGAACCCCAGAUCAGACUCCAAAAUGUAUUAGGACCAACCCCUAAAUAAGUUCAGACUACAGGCUAAACAAAUACAAGCCCCAUAAGCCAAAAUCAAUUCACAUCCCAGAACUGAUCCAUAAAUACAUACCACUCUUCUCCAGACCCAUAAGAUCAUCAGACCCCAGACCAGACCUAUAAGAUCACCAGACCCCAGACCAGACCUAUAAGAUCACCAGACCAGACCUAUAAGAUCACCAGACCCCAGACCAGACCUAUA